AUGCGCAACUUUAUUUUCACCAAAGCUCAAUUACUCUCCUUACGCAGCCUUGGGUCCUCCUUCAUUAACUUUCGUAUCUUCCCCAAACUUUCCUUUAGAACCCUUCAACAGCCUCGCCAUCAUGGCGGCCUCCAAGUUUUAGAUCCCAUUGUCCAACAACAAGCUCUCCAAUGGCGCUGGAUUUGCCCCCUCAUUUUAGCCGCCUGUCAUUCACCACUAUUACCGACAUACACCACCCCAAGCAUUCCACUCCUCCAGUACUCCCUGCAAUGGUAUUUCCACUCUACCGCUUUCUCUGAUUACUUUUACUACUUACUCUUUCCUGCUGCUCGACAAACCAUCUGGUUCCAACAUCGACCCAGUCCACACCAAGCUUUCCUUAACAUACUCACCAAUGUCAUUACCACCAUGGAUCGAAUACCUCGUUCCUUCACAACCUGUCACUUAGAUUUUCAUACAGGUUUAUCAUUACCUUUCCUUGAAAUUAUCUUACAUACCCUCCCUUCUACUCACCCCCAUUUCUCUUCUUUCACAGCUCCAGAUCAACUGUUUGACCGACAUCACGCCGUCCAGAAACUGCUCGCAAUAGAUGUGUUUACCUUUGACUUCGACUUACAAGUGAUCCGUCUUAGAAACUGGACCUUCCUUGAGUUUUGCCAUUAUCCAAGAAUAUCUCAUCGAGUUGCCCGUUGGAUUGAGGAAGGCCAAAUCUACCUCCAACCAUUCUUUCUCGCUCUCUGCCGUCAGGCCCCUCGCCAUUCAUUUACCAGUGCCUCCUUUGGUGCUAACCCUCACAACAUCCGCCCACUCAUUCGCCGUCUUAUCAAACCUAUAACACCACUACCUCCAACAGUGCCACUCAACAGUAUUCAAUACUACAAACACUUGGUUUCCACUGAAAUGCCCACCAUCAACACCUCACCUCUUUCCCCAUCCCAAUGGCGCCUCUUUUGGAAACUACCUAUUCUCCUUCAAUCCCGAACUGUAUGGUAUAGACUUAUCCAUCGAAAAAUUCCCUCCAAAUCGACCCUCCACCACUUCAUCCCCACAACUCACCCUUCACCUUCGUGUCCUCUCUGUUUGACCCAGAGCCCGGAGGAUAUCCAACAUUUCUUCUUUACUUGUCCUCUCAAACUCGCUGUAUGGCGGUUCCUUGCCACUACAUACCUAUCCCACACACCGAUGACCGACGACGUCCUUCUCCCAUUCCUCCACGGCAUUCAAACUCUAUCCAUAGCUGAACCCACUCGCUCUGCCUCCUUACCUUUUCCAGAGCUUACCGUUUACCAAGUUUUCGCUACCAGUCUACUCUGUAUAUGGCAAGCCCACUGGCGCUCCAUCUUCGACCAUGUCCCUUUUGUCACCCUCAACGUUAACACAUCUAUUGCCCGUUCUCUGUCCCGCUUGGAAUCGGAAUUACAGUUUGAUUUGUAA